CCAAUACACCCCGAGCACCUGUCUCUCCCACACUUCCUUACGACUCCUCCACGACCCACGUUUUUUCUCCCUCAACGACCUGCACCCUUCACAAUGGCCGCUGGAGCUGCUUUCCCUGGGCUCUUCUUCUGCUUCGCAGCGAUGGUGUUGCUCAUCUUCGUAUCCGUCUCAGUACCAACAUGGAGCCCUAUAUAUUUCCUCCAGGCGUCCCGAGGCGCACAGACUUUGCGCUUUGGUGUCUUUGGAUACACAGGAACAGGUCGCUCGAUAGGCUACAACUUUGAUCCCACCAUCCUCGGUUUUAACAAUACCCGCCUGAACGAUGCGACCAUCCAUAACUUGACCAAGAUUCUCAUACUGCAUCCGAUCGCUGCAGGCCUUUCUGGGCUCGCAGUCAUAUUCGGGCUCUGUGGUGCAGGCUAUCAUCGCGCCGGCACAGUCUUCAUGGCUCUCGUCUCGACUCUCGCGACAAUCGCUACGAUCCUCGCAUGGGUCGUCGACAUGGUCCUCUUCGGUAUCGCGCGCACUCAGUUCCGUGAUCAGGGAUGGGCAGCCCAGUAUGGCAACGCUACCUGGAUGACGCUUGCUGCUGCUGUUGCGCUGCUGAUUGGGUUCUGCACGUCAGCAUGUGGCGUCUUUGGCCACUACAGGCGUCACAGGACUGCCUACUAGGCAAGGAAGUGAACAAGCUAAACCAUAUAUCAUGAUACUGGAGAGUGGAUGGUAGUGUUCUCCCAGCACAGCGGUUAUACCGAUCUCAUAUUGGACAAUACAGUUUGAACCGUUGCUAUGAUCUACGAUGGACUUCAUUUAUCUCUUCCUCUGUGUCUAUAAUUUACUGUAUUAUAUCUUAACCUUUUUGACGAAGGAUUCUUAUACCCGUAAUUCGAUCCAUCCUACCCUUUUCACAAUUCUGCUCUUCAUGUAUUGCUUCGAUUUCUUGACAAAAAGGCGCUCCGUAGAAUGAAAAGGCCAUUCUCGAUCAUUCUUC